AACUUAGACUUGGUUUAUUUUGACUGAAAAUAUUUUUCUUAUUUUUUUAUUAUUUAAUUAGUAAAAAAGAGAAAAACGAUUAAUCCUUUUAGUCUUUUAGACCCCCCCUACUAAGGAACUAGACCACUUUAUGUCGUUUACAGUGAGCACCACGCGUUCACGCCCCCAACGGUGUAGCCUUUAACUCUGGACAACAAUUAAUUACUUUAUUACUUUAUAAACCUUUGUUCCUCUUUGAAAUCAUCGCUUCCUUGAAUGCAUCAGUUGAAAGAGAUUCAAAAUGAACAGCAUGAACAAUACUCUUCCAGACCAUCUCAUUUUCGAAAAUAUCCUUCCAAGACUCCCUGUCAAAUCCUUACUUGGCUUCAAAUCUGUUUCCAAACCAUGGCUUUCCACUAUUUCCUCUCCUCAAUUCGCUAAAUCCCAUCUCCAACUCUCCUCUUCACCCCUUAAAUUUAUCUUACUUGCUGGGCUUGAUGGUGAGUCGGAAAGAGAGUUUUACUUAUUAGACUAUGACGAUAACAACAACAAUUACGAGCUUAAGCCUUUCGUUGAAUUAGAAUUUGAAGAUGGGUGGACUAGUUCAUUUAAAUCCUUCUUUAUUGUGGGCUCUUGUAAUGGCCUUGUGUGUUUGCAGGUACGAGAAUGCAACGGUGAAGCGUACUUUAUAGGUAACCCGGCUACUCGCCGCUAUCGAAAAAUCCGGUUUCCUAAAGGUGAAGAACUUGGUAUGUGUGUGUUCUAUUAUGAAUCAUCAACAGAUGACUAUAAACUUUUCAGUGGGUUUUUUUCUCUUGAAUAUCAUCGAUUUUAUGUCUAUUCUCUUAAUGCUGGUAAUUGGACAAGAAUUAAUAAGUUAAACAAGCGAGUGGAAUCAUUUGAUCUUGAAGAUGUUGCUUUGAUUGGUGGUACUGUUUACGUGCGUGCUGGAGCGGAAAAUCCUAUAUUUGGGUUUGAUUUGAGUACUGAACAGAUUAAGGAAUUGCCAAUGAUGAAUUUGUUGAAAAACUAUAGAAGUGUGAGUUUGUCGGUGUUAAGAGGGUGCUUGUUGUUGCUUUGUACUACUGCCAAUUUUAAGGUAGAUGAUGUUUGGAUGUUGAAAGAUCCCAGUGAUGUUAAUUCUUUGGAGAAAUUGUUUUCUGUGAAUCAUAAUAAUGUGAAAUACUAUGGUUUCUCUGAGACUGGCAAGUGUUUGGUACACACUAAGGGGAAAAUCAGGGUAUUCGAUCCGACUCGGGAGACUCCGCAUAGGUGCCAAUGGGGUAUUGCUUUCAAGAAUGGUGAAGUUGUUCAAUCACAAAGUUAUGUUGAAAGCUUAGUUUCGCCUUUCUAAAGCCAAGACAAAUGAAGCUAUGAGGAAAUGAGAAGAUCACCUGUCAUGCUAAACCACCUGUCUGGCUUGAUUUCUCCGUGUCUAACAAUGAAAAUGAAGAGACCGAGCAGAGUAUCUCAGCUUGUGUGUUUUAUUAUGUAUAAUUAGCUUGGUUAAAAUUAGUAAUACUCAUACUAGAUUUCUAACGACGUUGACCUUUUGGGUGUUAUUUUCUUGCAAACUAGUAUCUGUAAUAUAUUAGCCAUGUGUGUUUGUAUAGAACUUUUAUGCUUGAUGUGUUCAUCAACAUUUGAUCUGUAUUUCAUUUCUUUUUGUGCUGUGC